AUGGAUGGAAGUCCCUCACGCCUGACUGUUGACUUCAAUACCCCUGAAGCUUGGAAACUGAUUUGGCAAGUUUCCUUCCAGGCCGGGGAGGUAAUAUGGUCCAUCUCCAUGGUGACCCCACCAUACACAUGGUGGCCCACUCUCAACCCUGUUUUUUGUAAGUUGGUAGCUGGGCUGGACACCUGGGACAUUUCUGACACAGAUCCUCAGAGUAUGCCUCUAGAAGUCCCAAAGAGAUUUUCAUCUGGGGAGAGCAACCUGCAAAGAAAAGUCCCUGACACUGUGAACCCAUUUGACCAGUUCCUGUUGUCAUCUAACUCAGACACCCAGCCCUGCUCCAAACCUGAUCUCUUUGGAGAGUUUCUCAACUCCGACUCUGUAGCUUCCUCAACUGCCUUCCCAUCGACCCACAGUGCCCCACCCCCAUCCUGCAGCACUGCCUUCCUGCACCUAGGAGAUCUGCCAGCAGAGCCCAACAAAGUGAUUGCUUCAUCCAGCCACCCAGAUCUGCUAGGAGCUGAGACUGCUAUACCUGGGCCGGCCUCCAUUCCAGUACCAGAAGGUACCCUCUUCUCUUCUGCAGGUCACCCAGCCCCUCCAGGCCCCAACCCCAGCCAAACGAAGUCUCAGAACCCGGACCCAUUUGCUGAUCUCAGUGAUCUCAGCUCUAGCCUCCAAGGCUUGCCUGAUGGACUACCUGCAGGGAGAUUCGUUGGCACAUCAGCCACCACUCACAAAAGCAACAGCUCCAGGCAGACAACUCAUCCCACAAUCCCUGGAACCUCAUGGCCCGGGCAGGCCAACCCAGCCCCCAGAGCCUCUGAACAACUAAGGUCUCACUUUAGUGUGAUUGGGGCCCGAGAAGAGAGAGGUGUCCGUGCGCCCAGCUUUGCCGAAAAGCCAAAGGUCUCAGAAAAUGAUUUUGAAGAUCUGCUGCCAAAUCAAGGCUUCUCUAAGUCUGACAAGAAGGGGCCAAAGACCAUGGCAGAGAUGCAGAAACAGGAACUUGCCAGAGAUACAGACCCAUUCAAAUUGAAGCUUUUGGACUGGAUUGAAGGCAAAGAGAGGAAUAUUUGUGCACUGCUGUCCACUCUGCACACAGUAUUGUGGGAUGGGGAGAGCCGCUGGACACCUGUAAGUAUGGCUGACCUGGUGACUCCAGAGCAGGUGAAGAAGCAGUACUGUCGUGCAGUGCUGGGUGCCACAGGGCAGCCAUAUGAACAGUCUGCCAAGAUGAUCUUCAUGGAGCUGAAUGAUGCAUGGUCUGAGUUUGAAAACCAGGGCUCAAGGCCCCUCUUCUGAGGCCUGUGAUGACUGUGGCU